CUUCCCUCUGUCAAACCGUCUUUCUUCUCCUUUUACUCCUUCUUCUUUGUAAGCAUUUCAUUCCUUGGCUUUCUGUAUUUUAUACUGAUAGCAGUUGCAUAUACACAUACCUUUUUGAUUGCAUGAAAACUUCUUCUUCUUCUUCAUCUUCUUCUUCUUUUGCCCUUUCUGUUGAGGGAUGAUUCCUUUCACAUGUUUGUUUUCUAUAGUUAUUGCUGUAAUGGGCUUGAAUUUUUAGACAGUUUUAUGAUCUGGGAUGGCUCUUUCUGGGGUUCAUAAAGAUAGAGGAGAGUUGAGGAUUCAUGAAAGUUUGGAUGAGCUUGGCACUGAUUUGGCAGAUUAUAUUGCAGAACUAUCUGAGGCAUCUGUAAAGGAGAGAGGUGUUUUUGCCAUUGCCUUGUCUGGUGGUUCUCUCAUUGGCUUAAUGGGGAAACUUUGUGAAGCUCCAUAUAGCAAGACUGUAGACUGGGCUAAAUGGUAUAUAUUCUGGGCGGAUGAACGUGUGGUGGCAAAAAACCAUGCUGAUAGCAAUUAUAAACUAGCAAAGGAUGGCUUUUUGUCCAAGGUCCCGAUUGUGCCGAGUCAUGUGCAUUCCAUCAAUGAUUCAGUAUCAGCAGAGGAAGCUGCAAAUGAGUAUGAGUUUGUUAUUCGACAAUUAGUGAAAACACGAACAAUCAGUGUUUCUGAUAUUAGUGACUGUCCUAAGUUUGACCUCAUCCUUCUGGGAAUGGGCCCUGAUGGUCAUGUUGCCUCUCUGUUUCCUAGCCACUCUGUACUUGAUGCAAAUAAUGAAUGGGUUACUUUUAUUACAGAUUCCCCCAAGCCCCCACCUGAAAGAAUCACAUUUACCUUGCCUGUCAUCAACUCAGCAUCCAAUGUUGCAGUGGUUGUGGCAGGUGAGGGCAAAGCAGAGGCUGUACACAUGGCAAUUGAUGAUAUUGGACCUGACUGCCCAUUAGUGCCUGCUCGGAUGGUUCAGCCAACAAAAGGGAAGCUGGCGUGGUUUUUGGACAUGCCAGCUGCCUCGAAACUCAACAGCUAUGUAUUUUCUGAGUAGGAUCAAGAUUUCAUGGCCAAUGUGUAUGUUUGUAUGUAACAGAGGGGUUGAACAGAUGUGGAUCCUUUUCUCCCCUUGAUUUUGGGUUAAAUUCUCCAUUUUGGCUUUUAUGCUCUCUUCUCUGGAGGAGUUGGAGAAGUGUGAUUAUCCUUUUUGUAUGAAGAAUAAAAUUGGAGCCUCAGUGCAAAGGCAUUUCUCUGGUUUUGAUUCUUAUUA